AAAAUACCUGUGAUAACGAUUGAUCACGUUGAAAAGAAGGAAGCAGAUAUCAAGAAGGCGUUGAACUAUCGUUACACGGAUGAGGACAUCGAUAAGAUGGUCAAGGAAAAAGCGCGAUUCAAACGAGGUCCGCUCAACUACGCAAUCGAGAAAGGGCAACUCAUGAAAAUGAAGGUGAGUCUUUCGAUGUCAUUCCACUUUUUAAUGUAUUUCGUAUUUCAGCAGUCAUUUUCCAGACUGUUUUUUUUUUUUCAUUGA